GCAGAUGGAGCUGGAGACACAUUUCUGCACUCUGUCACAUUGUUUUUGUUGUGUUUAAUAAUGAAAUCAUACACUCUUGUCUAUGUUUUACUGGAUCCAUCAUUAAAAAAAAUAUUUUAGUGCCUGUAAUUUUGAACAAAAAUAAGUUUUGAAUUGGUCAGGUUUGUCUAAGAAGAAGCAGUGGAGGAAUUAUAAAGAGAUGAGGGAUUAAGAGUGUCAUCCGCGCUCAGGGGCGGGGACACAGAAAUCCCACAGGCCUAAAGGCUAACUAACACAGGCAAACAUUUGUCAUCUCUUCAGGAAACGUAGAACUCACUCUGAUGGACGACAGAUGAGGAGUAAAUGACGUGAGCUCUGUGAUUGGCUGAGCUUGAGGAAGAAAAGGUGCGAUGUCACCGGUGGUGGAUGAGACAGCCGGGGACCUGCCGGUGCGGGACGUGGGGCUGAUGAGAGGGGGGCUGAUGCCCACCUUCCCAGAUACGCUACGUGACGUCAAGCCGUGGAAGAAGCACCAUGCUGCAAAGAUGAAAGCGGACCCUCAGCGGCUGUUUCGAUUUCCCAGGGAGCAUCUGGAGGACCUCUGCCUGCGGCUGCAGGAGGAGAACAGCGUGCUCAGACAACACACACGGACCCAGGAGCAGAGGCUCCGCAGGAUGUCCACGAGGCUGAUGCGUCUUCGUCAGGCCCGUCCGGGGUCCGGUCCUGUCAAGGAGAGGGACAUGGAGGACGCGAUCCAGGAGCUGGAGGCCCGGGUGGCCAUGCUCGAGAGUCAGAAGGAGGUGCUGCAGGGUAAACUGAGCAUAGCCAAGCAGCACAUCCUGGACCUGGGAGGACACAAGCCUUACAGAUACCACAAAGGUAAAAACCCAGAGGGCGAGGCCGCAGUCAGGAGGGCAGCGCGGACCGCUCCGGCACGAUCCGGCCUCACGCUGGAGGAAACCAGAGCAGAGAUGGAGAGAUUCAGGUCCGGUAUGACCGACCAGGUGAGGAUGUCGGAGCUGGAGCUGACAGCUCAGACUCUCCGAGACUCUCUGAAGGAGAGGGAGAAAGAGAUGGAGGGAGCUGUCAGAGAGCUGAGGAAGCAACAGGCUGACAGACACAGAACCACAAUCAGAGAGAAUGUGGAUCUGAUCCGUCUACAAAAGCAGCUCUCAGAGAAGAGCGCGGCCCUGAGGGUGAGCCAGGAGAAGUUCGCUGAGCUGCAGGAAGCGUACGAGAAUCAGCUAGAGGAGGGUCAGCGGGCGCUGAGGGAGAGUCAGGCGGCUCUGCUGGAGAAGGUGGAGGAGCUGAGUGAACAGCUGAAGCAGGAGAGGCAGAAAGCUCUGACCCUGGAGGGAGAGCUCAGCACCACGUCUCUGUCUCUGCAGACCCUGGACAAGCUCCAAGAGAGGAUCUCGGACCUGGAGGGAGAACGGGACCUGAUAAAAGACAACUAUGACACUCUAGUGCAGAGCACUUUGUCUGCCCAGAACCCCCCUGAUGCCCGAGCAGAAACACACAGAGAGGCGGAGCAGAAGGAGAGGCUGGUGGAGAACAUCGUCAGACCGGAUCUCCUUCAGAGACUGGAGGAGAUGCUGCAGGAAGAGAGGGAGGAGAGGAGCAAGCUGGAGCUGGAAAAGGAGAAACUCAGGCGAGAGAAGGAGAUGCUGGAGGAAGAGAGGGAGCGGGAGGAAGAGCUGUCUGUGGUGAUGCGAGAGAAGAAAGAGCAACUGGAGAAAGAGCUUGACCAGUACAGAGAAAAGGUCUCGUCUCUGCAGGACAGCCUGGACUCCGUCACCAAGGGCUUUGACAUGAGCGUUGAGGAUCUCAGCAUCACUCUUCUCCAGAUCAAGGCCUUCAGGAUGCAGCAGGAGAGCAGGGAGGGCCUGGGCUUCCUCCUGCCUGACGGCGGGCCGGACGAUCCGUCCCGCGAGCUGGCGAGCCUCCAGGCGUCCCACGCAGAGACGGUGCUGGAGCUGCAGAAAACCAGAAACCUGCUGCUGCUGGAGCACAAGAUCACCAAAGACCUGCAGGAAGAGCUGAACUUGAUCAACCAGAGGGCGGAAAGGGAAACGGAGGAGAGCAGGAGGAGGCUGGCCGAGAAAGACAGGCUUCUGUCGAAGAGAGCGCUGCAGAUCAACACGUUGCAAGCCCAGCUGAAAGAGUUGGCCUACAGCCCCAGGAACUACAAGCGGACCAUACCGGUCCAGUACACCUGGCCGGCCGGAGAUCAGGAGGUGGUUCAACCCACAGAGGACGAUCUUUGUUUCUCUCAGCUUAAAUCUGGGGAGUCCCUGCUGGAGAUCCACCUUAAGGCGGCCACCUUCACCCCGACGGGGCUCCGCAUCAUGAGCAGCCUCCAUCCAGGAGCGGGGCAACAUCAGGACGUAGUGACCUUCUGCACCUACAGCCUGCUGGACUUUGAGAUGCACUCCACCCCGCUGGUGUCUGGGAGCCAGCCCAACUACGGCUUCACGUCCCGGUACGCGCUGACAGUCCGGGACCUGGGCCGGCUGGGAGGACAAGGGUCAAGAGUGCGGCUGGAGCUCCACCAGGCGCUGGGUGGGGUCCGCUUUGUCACCCACGGCGUUGGCAGCAUGUCACUCAUGGGCGCCAUGGAGAGGAGAGGAGAACAGAUCUGCGGCAGUGCCAGUAUUACCGGGAAUGAGGGGGAAGCAAUGGGGGUUGUGGAUUUUUGGGUGCGCCUCUUCCCUCCCGCUGAACCCAUCGUCAACGUGGCAGAGAUCGGAGCAGAGAGGAGGAUGCAGAGGAGUCCGCUUCAGAUCCCACAGGGCUGGCAAGACAGCGGCCAAGAGGAGUUACAUGACUAUGGCGGUGGGAUCCCCAAUGAACUGAUGGUGAUGCUUGAGCGCUGCGUGGGCCUCAACGCCCGCUGGCCAGGACUCCUUCCAGACGCCUACCUGACGUACCGGCUGUACGACCUGCCACCUCACGUCUCGCCAACGGUCCAGUGCUCCACUGACCCAGUGUUCAACGACGUCACCAGCUUCCCUCUGGCAGUUACAACGGAUGUCCUGAACUACCUCAGGUCCAGCAGUCUGUGGGUGUAUGUCUUUGAUGACAGCGAUGAGGAGGUGCCGCCAGCCUACCUGGCCAAGACGCCGAUCCCACUAAGAGCGCUGGCGACGGGCAGAGAGAUCAGAGGUGAUUAUGUUCUGAGAGAUCCCGCUGGUGGACCUCGGGGAAUGGUCAGAGUCAUGAUGAAGUGGAAGUACCCAUUUCAGCCGCCGGUAGACGGCCUACAGGACAGAUGGGGGAGGGAAAAAGACGAACUCGACAGGGUGAUGAAAAACUCUCAGAGGGAAGACAGGAGAAGGGAGGAAGCACCUCAGAGGCCCACAGCCAGGCCAAGAACAAAGACUCAGGAUCUGAAAGCCAGAGAAACUAAAGCUGUGCAGGAAGAGACAAAAGCUUGGUCUUCACCUGCCAAACAGAAAAGCUCACAGGAUCUGCAACCGGAGCGAAUCACGUCUGUGAAACCACCGUCAGCAGACCGGAGGAGAUCCACCAAGAGGCGCCCUGAAGCCAGAACGCCUCCCUCCCUCCCAGCUCCGAGACUGACAACCCCGUCCUAUAAAUCUCCAAUCCGAUCACCAUCCAGACGAUCAACUCUGUCUAGAGGAAGCUCGGCCACCGAUGCAGGGAUUCAGGACCUUCCUUCUGUGGAUCAUGUUUCUGUGGUCGAAGACGGAGAGGAAGAAGGAGAGGAAGAAGAGAGGAGCGAGAGCGACGACAGCGAAGCCCCUGAAUCUUCAGAAUCCAGUUCUGCACAGAGCGACAUAAUAAUCAUACCACCAAAACCAAAAAUGAGGAAGGGAGACAAGCUAAGAGUAGAGAUCCUGUCCCUGUCGUUUGAACCGUCCUCCCAUGUGGUGCUGGACCGGUCCGUGCAGCGGGUUUACGUGGAGUACCGGCUCCUGGGCGUCCCCAUGGAGACGACAGAAACCCCCAUGUCCCUCCGUAAACCUGUGAAGGGGGAAGAGAUUCACUACAACUUCACACGAGUGAUUUACGUGGGCGGCUCCCAGUCGGCUCCGCUCAGACAGUAUCUUUACGCGAUGUUGGAGGGCACAGACCCCAACCACGGCAGGUUGAAGUUCACGGUGGUCAGUGAGCCGAUGGACGACGAAGAAGAGUGCGUGGACGUGGGACACGCUUUCCUGGACCUACGGGAACUGCUGCUCACAGGGAAUGACGUGAUCGAUCAACAGAUUGACAUUGUGAGUGUGGACGAAGACAGGGAGGUGAUAGGGAACCUGAAAGUGUCCCUGGAGGCGGCAAAAGCACUGGACGGUAUAUACCAGGAGUUUCAGCAGGGAGGGGACAGUAAGACAGGAGGAAGUGCGGAAGAGGAUGAAGAGGAAGCGGAGGAGGAGGAGGAGGAGGAGGAAGAAGAGGAGGAGGAACAAGAAGAGGAGAAGAAAGAUCAGAUUCAAGUGCUGGACUACGAUGAUGAUGACGACGAUGAUAGUGUCUUCCACUGAGUAAAAAUAUCUGAAACUGUCUGUUUAAAAAUGUGAAAAGCACUUGAAUAAAAAUCCUUUAGGGGAAAAGAAAGCUGU